AUGUCCGCAGAGAAACCAGGCCCUCUCCUCAGAUUGGGUGUAUCUUUCUUUCUUUUCGGGGUCAUCAAUAAUGUAUUAUAUGUGAUCAUAUUAUCAGCAGCUUUAGACUUAGUACCUACAUCCACCCCGAAGGGUAUCAUACUAUUCUGUAAUAUUGCUCCUGCGCUUCUUGCCAAGAUUGGAUGGCCCUACCUUCUGAAAGGCCGGAUACAUUACGCACGUCGUUUGUUCGGAUGUUGUACCUUGUCCGUUGCAGGCAUGAUUGUUGUGGCGGCCUUCGAGAGCUUGCCAGGCCGGCUCUUGGGCAUCAGUUUUGCUUCGUUCUCUUCAGGUUUGGGUGAAUUGACCUUCCUUCAACUAUCGACGACGUAUCAUCCCCCGUCGGUUGGCGGACAUAGCGUCGGUUAUUUCGCUUCCGGAACCGGCGCUGCUGGACUGCUGGGCGCUUUCCUGUGGUGGGAAGUCCGAAGCCUUGGGGUUCGUGUCGGUGUCGGUCUAUCUGCAGUUCUGCCCUUCAUAACGCCUCUCACCUAUCUCCUCGUACUCCCUCGGCCUUCAGCUUUUGCCUCGGUCGCAUUUUCUUCGCUGAACGACGGCGAUAGUGAUGGAGCCCUACCUGUGCCUUACACAUCACUUCCUACAAUAGAUGAGGACACGAUAGAGCAAGAACAAGAGCGAUUCACCCAUUCCAAGACAGAUACUGUCUUGUCUCUGGCAGAAAAAUGGCGACUUGCGAAGCCGCUGUUACUUCGGUACAUGCUGCCUUUAUUCUGCGUCUAUCUGUUUGAAUACACAAUCAAUCAAGGAAUUGCGCCGACGUUAAUCUACCCAGUCCCAUCUGGCGACUCACACUCCGUCUUGGGUAACAUCAUCCACUCUAUCAGGGACUAUUAUCCCCUUUGGCAGCUGGUCUAUCAGACGACCGUCUUUCUCUCUCGCUCGACCAUUUCGCUCGGUUUACCACCACUCCCUUCGCGGCUCUUAUCCUUGCCAGCCGUCGUUCAAGCGCUUAUACUGUUGACUCUCAUGUACGAAUCUGCCAUUGGCUUUUUUUCUGACGCUUCAGAGGGUAUCAAUGUUUUCAUGGUAUUUCUGCUUAUAAGUCUGGAGGGAAUUUGUGGCGGGUUGGCCUACGUCAACGUCUUUUACCGCAUCAAUCAAGAACAGAGUAAAACAGACCCCAGCAUAGACCCCGAACGUGCCAAACAGGAGAAGGAGUUCAAAAUCGGCUCGAUAGGCCUAUCGGACUCCCUAGGCAUACUCAUUGCGUCGCUGGUGGCGAUGCCAACAGAGAUAGAAUUGUGUAAUGCGCAGGUGAGGAGAGGGAAGAUGCUCUGUAGGGGACUCUGA